UUCUUUAGAGAAUACAGCCUACAUGAAACGAUUAUUUAGUAUAUUGUAACCAUAAGCAAUGGAUGGAUGAGCGUUUAGAUUAAACAAUUUAACCCGUGAAUCUUACUUCUGAGGAUACUAGUGUUGAAGAAGAAAGUAAAGACCUAAAAAAAAACACUAUGGACAGAAGGAAAAGAGAGAGAGAACGAGAACGAAAGAGAACUGCAAGGCGACUACUACAGAAAUGCCAAGAUCCAGACGAGCAAGAAGGAGUCCAGUUCAGCUUUGAGAUGCCCGGAGACCAGAACAAGGCUUACAACGAUUUCCAUGGCAACCAGCAGAACAGCCCUGCCCUGACCCCCAGUGUGUUCAUGUACCAUACCCCCAAGGGUAUCGUGUACUCCACCGGCUCCCUCCCGGACAAGUUCAAUUUCCAGCAGGUCACAUCACAAGAUAGCGCAGGUAACCAUUGGCAUGAUUCAGUGCCUGCCAUUAACUCGGACCAGCUGACCAAUCAGACAAACGAGCAUGUCCAACAAGAUGAGAGUAAUAUAUGCACAAAUGGCUAUGAAGAAAAAAGGAGACGCAUCAGGCGCAAGGACACAAAGGCAUAUAUAAGAUACCUGAACGAUAGGCGAGAUAGUUUUCGCCGGGAGAAUCCGUCUAUUUCAAAUCCCAAUUACCAGAUGCAUAUGAUGAGCAUCGAGUGGCGCAAUAUGCCGGACGAAGAAAAGAAGAAAUACAGAGAUGCUGCGGAGAAAGACAUGGAGAGGUUUAAUGAAGAGAUGCUAGAAUACCAGAAAACAGGAGAUUGCAAAGAAUUCCAUGGUAUACAAAGGACAGGCGAGAUGAGUUCAAUAAACAGAGGGCAUCGAUGACGAACCCGGAAUUUCAACAAGGCUUACUGUCAACUGUCUCCAAUAGCAGCACAGGAAGCAGGAAUGAAAUCAAAGUGGAACCAAUUGAAAGUUCUCUCGCAUCUCCAAUUGCCACCUCUACCUCAACCAUUAACACUGACAGCACCCCAAAG